GCUCACGGUCCGCCAAAUGUUAAGUGGCCUCUAUGAGAACCGGUAAAAAGAUCAAAUUUGUCCAACCUAACAAAAAAAUAUGAAAUAAAAGUAAUACAUAUUAGGUAACGAUUUGAUAUUAAUAACGCUCGUAAUUUAUAUAUUUUUAUCUGACGUAUUGCUUUAUUAAACUCAAAGGGUUUUGCUAGCUUCACCGGGCGUGCAGACAACGAGCUCUGGUGGCUCAGUCCGGGACAUUGCCAACAUUGGCCCAGCAAGGACAGUGCUUCGUAGAAUCUACAACCGGAUCGGAAAUAAUCGGAAUCACUAAUAUCACAUUGACGCAGUCACCGUUUUGUUUGUGUUUAUUCUAUGUUCUCGUGCUUACGUCAUUUAUUGCUAAUUCUCCGUUGAAUUCACACGAGUGCCUACAGUGUAUUGAGAAAAUGACUCGUGAUAUGUGUUUUUUAAUAUUCAUUGUUUUAAUCGGUCAUUGUUUUGGAGAUAAACAGUGCGGUCCUAGUGAACAGUUGAAUACAUGUCCGUCUGCUUGUACUACUGGCAGAUGUCCUGAGAGCCAUGACGAAUUUAAAAACUGCUCCGACGGAGGCAAAUGCCUCGAAAGCCGUUGCGACUGCCAAUUCAACUAUAGACGAGCGGCGAACAACACUUGUAUACCCAUAGCCAGUUGCCCCAAAUUUAAUUGUACUGGAGCGAACGAAGAGUACGUAGCCUGUCCACCAUACUGCCCCACAGACGACUGUUCCCAAGCCACUCCUGACGGUCACUGUCGUUAUUUUUGGAGCAUACUAUUUGUAGUGGAAUGUAGACCUUCUUGCCGUUGCAUUGAAGGGUUUUGGAGGAACAAGGGAGUUUGCGUUCCUUAUAAUAAGUGCCCUAAAACCUAAAUUAAGUUUAAUUAAUGUUAAUUCUUAUAAUUGUGUACAUUUAAUGUCAUUAUUUAUUUUAUGUAGACCGACUAAAUUACUUAAAUUCUCA